AUGUGCUUCGUGUCAGCCACGGUUUGCUUCACCACCAUCGGCCACGGCUCCGUGGUGGGGUUCCCCGCCAUCCUGCUGCCGCAGGUCAAGGACCCUAACUCCCACAUCCAGCUCACCAGAGAAGAAGGAUCAUGGAUAGCAUCAGUGACUGCUAUCACGCUGCUGUUGGGCAGCUUCCUAGCGCCGCCCAUCAUGGGCCGGCUGGGCCGCAAGAUCGCACAUUUUGUGGUCAUAGCCCUCAUACUCCUAGGCUGGAUAGUUAUACUGCUGGCUACAAGUUUAGAAGCAAUGAUAGUAGGAAGGGUAAUCCACGGCAUGUCAUUCGGGCUGAUGUUGCCUCUGCGUUCAGCCCUCCUUGGAGAAUACACAAGCCCGAAGAACAGAGGAGCAUUCCUCACCACUGUCUCUGUAGCACAAGCUUUCGGGAUCCUGCUGGUUCACCUCAUAGGAUCCCUAGUGACAUGGCAGAAAACUAUCCUCAUUGUCAUCGUGUUUCCUCUUGCCAGUUUACUCAUGACAUUCUUUACCCCUGAAUCUCCCAGCUGGCUAGCUGCAAGAGGAAGAUUCGACGACUGCAGAAGAGUCUUCCGCUGGCUCCGAGGUGACGAAGAAGAAGCUGAACUUGAAGAAAUGAUCAGAGCGAGAUGUGAAUCUAACAGAGCCGCCAUAACCAACUGUAGAGAUCUCAUGGUGCUGAUGAAGAAGAAGGAGUUCUACAAACCUAUUGUGAUAAUGAUCCAUAGUUACUUGAUGGGAGAAUUCUCUGGUGGAGCUCUCAUGUCGUGUUACUCCACGACAGUGAUCUCUUUAAUAGCUGGUCCUGAUGCAGACGCUCACUUAUGGAUGAUAGAACUGGACACACAGCGAAACAUAUCGAACAUCAUAGCAGUAUACGUGGUUAAUAAGAUAAAGCGAAGGACUAUGUUCAUGGCGACUGGAGGGCUCUGCAUCCUCAGUAAUAUAGCCAUUGCUGGCUAUGUUUACGCCAAAAUCCUUGGAGUGUUAACGUACACAGCUAUAUGGGUGCCAAUUCUGCUGAUCAACAUACAGUUCUUCACUGUAGCUGUCGGCAUGGUGUGCUUACCUUACGUCAUUGCGGGGGAGAUAUUCCCUCUGGAGUACAGGAGUGUAGGAGGUAGCAUCAGUAUUGUGUCCAUUGCCUGUGGGUACUUCCUUGUCACAAAGACCUUCCCUGCCAUGGUGGAGAGUAUAGGUCUCCAUGGAUCCUACGCGGUGUAUGCAGCAGCCAUGUCAUACAACCUGUGUGUGGUCUGGUCUUUACUGCCCGAGACCAAGGGGAAGACCCUGCAGCAGAUUGAAGACCACUUCAAAGGAAAGACUUCGAGUCCCGAGGAAGUGGAAGUCAGACAGCAACUCAGGGAUAAACCAGAUGUUGAGAAAGCCAAAGCUGACAGCUGAUGAACGGAUUUUGAAACAAAUUGGACUCAGAAACAAAAAAAAACAACUUAAAAUAGAUUUUCCACCUUGUGAAUAGGAAUGAGAUUUGUUAAUACAUUAAUUAAUGUGUAGUACUUAUUUAUCGAAUAAGCCAUAGGUAUUAAAUUAAAUACACAAAGUAUGCAAUUGCAAUAAGAGGUAGCUCAAUAAUUAUCUACUUGUAGGUAA